AUUCUGUCGCUAUCCAGUAGUCCCUCGGAAGUCCCUUUCUAUUUCUUCUCACCCAGAGGAACAUCGCGUGUUCCAACCUCCCCGGCAAUUUCUCCGGCGAAGGUCAGCUCACUGAGAAUCUAUGAUAGUUGUGAAAUUUCGGAGGUUUCAGUCUCUCAUUGUUGGUUUCUUUGAUUUUGAUCGAUUGAUUUUCGAAAUCUUUGAGGUUUGCGCUUUCCGUGGUUCUUUGUUGUGUUUUUCAUCGGUAACUUGAGUUGUGUCGUCGUCUAAAUCUGACACUGGGCGUGGAGUUGGGUUCGAGUGUGUGUGGCGUGGAAGGAGUUGGCGUUAUCGCGCGGAGGUUGAGUUUCAGAGCUUGGAGAAGCGAAUUUGAAGUUUUGGGGUUUUUGCUUGGAAAAAAAUGUCUUUCCAGCAUAAAAGCUUUUGGAUACCAAGGGAUGCUGGAUGUUUAACUGAUGGAGAGAUGAACUAUGAUAGCUCCUCCAGAAUCGAAGCCAAACGUGGCCAUCAAUGGUUCAUGGAUGGCAGUGCACCAGAGCUAUUCAGUAGCAAGAAGCAAGCAAUAGAAACCGUAAAUACUAGACCUGUUCCAGGAGUUCCACACAUGAAUGUUUCUCCCUGGGAAAACACUUCAAGUUUUCAGUCAGUUCCUGGGCACUUCACUGAUCGUCUUUUCGGCUCUGAGCCAGUACGAACUGUCAACUUGGUCGAUAGAGGCAUCACUGUUGGAAAUGCAAAUAUGGACAUGGGAAGAAAGGAGUAUGAGAAUCAUUUUGCAAACAACCCAUCCGUUGGCUUGUCCAUGUCCCAAUCCAUUGAGGAUUCCUCAUCGUGCCUCAAUUUUGGUGGAAUUAGAAAAGUUAAAGUCAAUCAAGUCAGGGAUCCUGACAUUGGCAUGCCUGCCUCUUUGGGACAUGCCUAUAGUAGGGGUGAUAAUGGUACAAUUUCAAUGGGUACAACAUUUAACAAAAACCACGAGCACGCCAUUUCAUUGGGCCAUACAUAUAAUAGUCGAGAUGAGAAUGCCAUCUCGGUUGGCCCUGCAUAUCACAAGACAGACGACAGUUUCAUUUCCAUGGGUCAUGCUUUCAGCAAAGGUGAUGAGAAUUUUAUUACAAUUGGUCCUAACUAUAGCAAGGGAGAUAAUAGCAUCCUAUCGAUGAGCCAGCCUUUUGACAAAGGGGAUGACUCUUUUAUUUCAAUGGGUCAAUCUUAUGAGAAGGCAGAAGGUAAUAUCAUUUCUUUUGGUGCCUCCUACAAUAAAGGGCAUGAAAAUUUUAUCUCAAUGGGGCCAACCUAUAGUAAGGCAGGUGAUACUUUCAUUUCAAUGGCGCCCUCCUAUAAUAAGGGAAAUGAUGAUAACUUGUCCAUGGGUCCAACCUUUGACAAGGUAAACUCGGACGUUGUACAUGUCGGUCCUAAAUUUGACAAAGCCGAUUCUGGUUCGGUGUCAAUGACUCACAACUAUCAUAAAGGUGAGACUAAUACCAUAUCUUUUGGAGGCUUUGAUGAUGAGAAUGGGACAGGUAAUCCUUCUGGUGGGAUCAUUAGCAGUUAUGACUUGUUAAUGGCGAAUCAGGCUUCUGCCCAAGCAUCAGAAGUAUCAACCAUGAGAGAUUCAGUUCAUCCCAAUGUGGAAGUGAACAUUAACAAUGUCAUAAAAGUUGAUGCUAAAAUCGACACAAGUUCCAAGAUUAGAGAGCCGAGGACGACUAAGAAGGUGUCACCCAAUAGCUUCCCUUCAAAUGUUAAAAGCUUGCUCUCAACUGGUAUGCUUGAUGGGGUUCCUGUGAAAUAUGUUUCUUGGUCACGGGAGAAAAAUCUGAAAGGAACAAUAAAAGGAACUGGAUACUUGUGCAGCUGUGACAACUGCAAUCAUUCAAAGGCUCUCAAUGCUUAUGAGUUUGAGAGGCACGCUGGCUGCAAAACCAAACAUCCAAAUAACCACAUUUACUUUGAGAAUGGUAAAACUAUCUAUGCUGUUGUUCAAGAGCUAAAGAACACCCCUCAGGAGAUGUUAUUUGAUGCAAUUCACAAUGUGACUGGCUCUCCCAUUAAUCAGAAGAACUUUCGUGUUUGGAAAGCAUCUUAUCAAGCAGCCACUCUUGAACUCCAGCGUAUUUAUGGAAAAGAUGAAAUAACUAUGCCUUCUUGAGAUGGGGAUUUACCUUUUUAAAUUUUGAGACCUCAAAGCUAUACCCACCGGGUAUCUAAUCACAUGAUGGAUUUGUAAACAAGCCAGUAGUUGCAAGCAAAGAUGAUAUGGAUGAGUGGCGAUUGGUGAAGGCACGAUUCGGUCGAGUCAGCUACCUGCCGACUUAUGAAGACAUCAUUUUGAUCACAAGUGUGCAAUGCAAUGCUGAGAAUGCCUUCUGCUUUUGCUUUCAUGUCGCAUUUUGUUCCUUAUAUUAUCCCUUCUUGGCAGAUUUGUGUAUUGAAGCAUUUUAGCACAAUAGAAUAGUAUGCAACAACCAUCUGGCCCUUUGAAGCUCAAAAACCAGUGUCAGAGCUUUGGUUCCGACAAAAACAGAAACUAUUAUUAUAUAGUUACAAAUACAUUUUGGGAAAUGAAAAUGCAGGGUACUUUAAACA